CAAGAGAUAUCUUAGAACUCCUACAAAGAUUGCAAUUCUGGAUCAUGAGAAGAAGAGAACAUUUGUGGUAUGCAAAGAUGGUCUUCCAGAUGCACGUAAGGAUGAAUAAAUCUAAUACAUUUCACAAUGAUGUCAUUGUUGCUUGUGGUGUUGUGUUUCCAGUUAAAUGCCUGGUUUUACACCAUUUAACAUGAGCCAUGAAUAAUGGAAUUUCUUUGUUGCAUAUACCAUUGUAACAUUAUUACAAGGGAGAAGAUAUAUCUUGGCACUUAUCUCUGCCAUAAGAUGCCUAGGAUCUGUGUAGAGAACAGUUGCUAUUUCUUUCUUUGUGUUAUUAAAUAUAUCCUUGCUUUAGAUUGAUUGAUUGAUUGAAUAGGUAGUAUAGUAACCGUAGUUAAAAUUUCAUAUUAAUCAACUGCCACAUAGCCUUGUCCCAACCAUUUGUGGUUGACGAUAUGAAGCCUGGUCCCACAUUCUGUCUUGUUAUUUAUAAGAAACAUACUUUUAUCAAAAGAAUAAAGUACAAUGUAGAGGACAUUAUGUCCACUGAAUUCCCUAGCUAUCUAGUCUAUUAUCUCAAAAUAGCCAUAUUUUCAUUCAGUCACAUUACACCCUUUAAAGCUAAUAAAACAGCUACACUUCCCUUUUUUCUGCUAAGACUGGUAUUUUUAUGUGUACAGAAGGUCAACUGCAUCAGUGCUGCGCAUAAAAGGCUAGCUGAAGCAAGGUUGCUGCUCUAUAGAUUAGCGUAUGAAAAGGCAAAGUUGCAGUUAAUGCAUUUGAAGCACCAGAAAAUAUUAUCUGUAAAUUGCAUUUGUCUGAGGUCUCAACUUAGAUGGAAAAUGCAUUAUGAUCUAUUCUAACAUGUUCACAUUCUCGCUUGUAUCAGUGUUUG